AACAGCUCUGCAUGUUGUGUGUGUCAAAUAUUUUCCUCUAGCUGGCACUAGCAUGGCCAGUCCAAAGGAAGAUAUGAUCAGUCGCAGAUUCGGUUUGGCACAUUUUCCUUGUUUAAAGAUUGUAAAGAUAAAGACAUGGACCACGAGGAACGCUCUCCUCUCAAAGACUUUGUACUGGCCAAAAAGAAGAUUGGUGAAGUUUUUGAGCAGCUGCUUAAUUACGCCCAGGACAGUUCACAGUUUGUUAAAGAUACAUGUUAUAAUGAAUCAUUAGAGCACAUUGCAAAUAGACAUCAGUUGGAGGUGACAGAGGCAUACAUCAGCAAACUAACAGUUAUCAAAGAGGUGUUGGCUCGCAGACAUAUGAAGGUGGCCUUUUUUGGCAGAACAAGCAAUGGAAAGAGCACAGUUAUCAAUGCCAUGCUGCACGACCGGGUGAUGCCCAGUGGCAUCGGCCACACAACUAACUGCUUUUUGAGCGUUGAAGGCACUGAUGAAGAUAGGGCUUAUCUGAAAACUGAGGGAUCAGAGGAAGAGAAGAGCAUCAAAACUGUCAAUCAGCUGGCUCGUGCACUGCAUAGUCUUGAUGCUGGCUGUUUGGUUAAGGUCUUCUGGCCCAAAGCAAAGUGCGCACUUCUCAGGGAUGACCUAGUACUCAUGGACAGUCCCGGGACUGACGUCACCACAGAGUUGGACAGCUGUAUCGACAAGUUCUGUCUGGAUGCUGAUGUGUUUGUGCUGGUGGCUAACCCUAAGUCUACGCUAAUGAACACAGAGAAACAAUUCUUCCACAAAGUAAACGAACGCCUUUCAAAGCCCAACAUUUUCAUCCUGAAUAAUCGCUGGGACGCUUCCGCCUCUGAACCAGAAUACAUGGAGGAUGUACGUAAGCAGCACAUGGACCGGUGUGUGAACUUCCUGGUGGAGGAACUUGGGGUGGUGGAUCGCCAACAGGCUCCAAACCAUAUCUUCUUCGUGUCUGCCAAGGAGGUGCUGAACUCCAGAAUGCAGCGGGCGCAGGGUAUGCCAGAGUCUGGUGGAGCAUUAGCAGAAGGCUUCCAGGAAAGACUGAAGGCGUUCCAGAGCUUUGAGAGGACAUUUGAGGAGUGUAUCUCGCAGUCAGUAGUGAAAACAAAGUUUGAGCAGCACACAAUCAGGGCAAAGCAGAUCACUGAAAGUGUUAAAGACAUCAUGGAUCAGAUCCACAUUGCUGCUGCUGAGAAGAGGGUGGCCUCUCUGGAGGAGAAAGAGUAUCUGAAGGACCGCUUGGAGUUUGUUCGAAAUCAGCUCAAACCUCUCACUGAGGAUAUCGAAAAGAAAAUUAAGAUGGUCUCAGAGCAGGUGGCCAACCAGGUAUCAAAUGCCAUGGCAGAGGAGAUCUGUCGACUCUCAGUGCUCGUAGAUGAGUUUCGUUCAGACUUCCACCCAUCAUCUUCUCACAUGUUAAAGAUCUACAAAUCAGAUCUGCUUAAUCAUGUGGAAAAGGGAAUGGGAAAGAACCUGGCUUUCCGCUGCUCUGAUGCAGUCAACGCUUCUGUGCAGUCCUCUCAGAAAGAAAUGAUCGAAUGUUUGCAGCCUUUACUGCCCCCUGAUGUUCAGAGCCAAAUCCACAUGCUCAUUCCUUCCAGAAAGUUUGACCUCAGCUAUGACCUGAACUGCACAAUCCUCUGUGCUGAUUUCCAGGAGAACAUCAAGUUUCAAUUCUCUCUUGGCUGGACUGCUCUGGUCAACCGUUUCCUUGGCCCAGCCAAUGCCAAGUGUGCCCUCAUGCUGGUGGAUCAAAACCUCCAGCUCACACAUCCUUUGGCCACUACUCCAGGAAGCGGUGCCAUUGCACAGGCUCCACCCCCUAGAGCUGCUGUGGCUACUCCGAACCAACCUCAGAUGAACCAGGAGGAGCCCAUGAGGUAUAGGGUUGGAAAUCUGGCUUCCCUCAUCUUAUGCACUUCCAUGAGCGUGGUCGUCAUUGGGGGAGUGGUAUGGAAGAGGAUGCGCUGGUGCAUCAUCCCUCUGUCCAUGGGUGUUUAUGGUAUGGCGUAUUUAUUCGAGAAACUCACUUGGACCACCAAGGCUAAGGAGAGAGCACUGAAAAAGCAGUUUGUAGAUUACGCCACCGAGAAACUCCAGAUGAUCGUCAGUUUCACCAGUUCAAAUUGCAGCCGGCAAGUGCAGCAGGAGAUAGCCAGCACGUUUGACAGGCUGUGCCAGCAGGUGGAUAUAACCCAACAGGACCUGGAAAGUGAAAUCAGCCGGCUGACGACAAAGAUCCAGCAGCUAGAAACAGUCCAGAGCAGCUCCAAAUCACUUAGACACAAGGCCACAGAUUUGGAGAGGCAACUGGAGAGUUUCACAAGCCGGUAUCUCCAGCCACAGAACUGAAUUCCCCAUUCUCACUCACUCAACACCUUGGUCUCAGGAAUUUGUUUAUUCCACCAGGAGGAAUCCACGUGAUAUGUAGCAGCUGUAUAUCUGCACUUUAAAAAGAUCAAUGAAUAACUGUAACAUACGCUUACACAAUCACACGUCAUUUGUCUUUAUUAUGAACAGUUGUGAUUUGAUUUGCUGUUUAAAUUGAAUGAUUAUCAAACUCUGAAAAUACUGAACUAUGGGAGGAAAAACAUAAAUGAUGACUAUACUGCUUGAACUGUAAAGUUGACUCCAUGGCACUUCUCCAAACACUAUAAAAUCAGAACUUUGUUCACAUCCAGCUGGCUUGAAACGAAGCCCUUUUCUGAGCCAUGUUUUCUAGAAGGGAAAGUUCUAUAAAGUGUUUAACUGAAGUCAGUAUUUUGUCGAUAGCCUUUUGAUCAGUGCCUACUUUCAAUGUUAAAUCUAAAACCCUUCUAUGAUUCUAACCCAUUGUGAAGACUAUUUUGGAUUCUGAUUUGUAAAAACAUGAAAUGCUCAACUUAAAAAAAAAAAAAAAAAGAGCAUAAUUAAAAUAUUACCUAUGAUUGUAA